AUGGGUGAUGUUUCUGUUAAUACUGAUUUAAGUAGUGAUGAUGAGAAUUAUUCACCUCCUCCAGGGUUAUCCAUGGAUACUCCAUUAGAGUUGUUUCCUGGUGUUUCGGUUGUUCUUCCUGGAGAGAAAGAAGAUGCAAGGACAGAACAUAAAUAUAAGGGGAAUGCAGAUGAUGGCAAAAGCAAGAAAAAGAAAAAACCAAAAAAUGGAAAAAAGGUGGUAAGCCACAAAGUGAAAGCCACAGAUACUGCUAAGACUAAAAAAUCAGCAAAAGCAUCAGAAAUCAAUGAUGUGACUUUAAAAGAGAAGAAUGUGUGUAUUCAGGGUACUAAUAUCGUGUUAGAUUCGCCUGAAGAUAUCAAAGCAUGGAUUCUUGAGCGAAAGAAAAACUGGCCAACUGCCAAAAGAAUCGCUGAGAAAGAAAAGAACAAAACUGAGGAGGAGAAGAUUUUGCAGCAUUAUAAUGGCACAGGCGGAAAGAAAGGAAGAAAGUCCGGACAUCACUGGCGCAUAUGUAAGUUUUGGAAAAGGACAGGGCAUUGUCGGAAUGGAAAGCAUUGUAAGUUUCUUCAUGAGCAAGGAACUACUAUAAAAAGGUUGCCCAAUAAUAGCGUAAAGCUAAUGCAUGGAAUACCGGUACAAAUACCCCAUCGAUUUUCACCUCCAGUUAACUGUGGAAAAUCCUUGGCCAGUCUAUUGGCCGAAGGAGAGCAUCUUAAAAAUGAGAAUGUCAAACUUUUGGAUUUAUUCGAGAGACUUGUCAGAACAGGUGCUGUCUCUACCGAUUGGGAUAACCUUAAAAAAAGACUACAUUUAGAUUCAGAAGCCGGUCCAUCAUCAGGUGGGCAAUAA